AUGUCUCUUCGAUUUUUUCAUUCUUUCUCAAUAUAUCUUUUCUAUUCUCUUUAUUUCUCAAAAUCUCUUUUUCUUUCUUUUUUAAUAUCUCUUCAGGUUUUUAUUUCUUUUCAAUGUCUCUUCGAUUUUUUCUUUCUUUCUCAAUAUAUCUUUUCUAAUCUCUUUAUUUCUCAAAAUCUCUUUUUCUUUCUUUUUUUAAUAUCUCUUCAGGUUUUUAUUUCUUUUCAAUGUCUCUUCGAUUUUUUCUUUCUUUCUCAAUAUAUCUUUUCUAAUCUCUUUAUUUCUCAAAAUCUUUUUUUUCUUUCUUUUUUAAUAUCUCUUCAGGUUUUUUAUUUCUUUUCAAUGUCUCUUCGAUUUUUUUUCUUUCUUUCUCAAUAUAUCUUUUCUAAUCUCUUUAUUUCUCAAAAUCUCUCUUUUUCUUUUUUUUUAAUAUCUCUUCAGGUUUUUAUUUCUUUUCAAUGUCUCUUCGAUUUUUUUUUCUUUCUCAAUAUAUCUUUUCUAAUCUCUUUAUUUCUCAAAAUCUCUUUUUUCUUUUUUUUUAAUAUCUCUUCAGGUUUUUAUUUCUUUUUCAAUGUCUCUUCGAUUUUUUCUUUCUUUCUCAAUAUCAUACUCUUUUUUUUGCUUUAUAAAUAUCUCUUCUCUUUUUCUUUCUUUCUCAAUAUCUCUUUUCUCUUUUCUUUCUUUCUUUCUUUCUUUCUUUCUUUCUCAAUAUAUAUUCGCUUUUUCUUUCCUUCUCAAUAUCUCUUCGCUUUUUUGUUUGUUUUUCAACAUCUCUUCUCUUUUUUCUCUCUUUUCCGAUACCUUUUCUCUUUUUCUUUCUUUUUCAACGUCUCGUCUGUGGUUUCACGAUACCUCUUUCUGAUAUCAGCAUCUCGGCUGCAGCCAUUUUUUUUCCUUUCCCAAUCCGCCAAUCUUUCUCACCUACAUCGUCCUCUUUGCUAUUUCAUUUUCUCGUCUCUUGCUGUUUUCUUCGUAAAACUAAUCAUCUGUUGCUUUCAUUUUAAGUUCUCGUCUGCUGCCUCUUUCUAG